UCCGGAACUUGUGCUUUAGGCCCCUUGCACCGGCCCGGAAGGCUAUGGCAGUGGCUACUGUGGCCACAGCGGUACUGGCCGUACUGGGUGGUGCGCUGUGGUUGGCGGCCCGGCGGUUUUCUGGUUCUAGAGGCCAGAGGCGGCAGAAAGACGAGGACCGGGGCUUCAUGCACGGGAAGACAGUGCUGAUCACGGGAGCAAACAGUGGCCUGGGCCGAGCCACGGCCGCCGAGCUGCUGCGCCUUGGGGCGCGGGUCAUCAUGGGAUGUCGGGACCGCGCGCGAGCGGAGGAGGCGGCUUGUCAGCUCCGCCAGGAGCUCAGUCAGACUGGGGGUCCUGAACCCGACGCCACCGACGGCCAGCUGGUCGUCAAGGAGCUGGACCUCGCCUCUCUGCGCUCAGUGCGAGCCUUCUGUCAAGAACUCCUACAGGAGGAGCCCAGGUUAGACGUCCUCAUCAAUAAUGCAGGGAUUUUCCAGUGUCCAUAUAUGAAGACUGAAGAUGGGUUUGAGAUGCAGUUUGGAGUGAACCAUCUGGGCCACUUUUUACUCACCAAUCUUCUACUUGGACUCCUCAAAAGUUCAGCUCCCAGCAGGAUAGUAGUCGUUUCUUCCAAACUUUAUAAAUAUGGAGACAUCAACUUUGACGAUUUGAACAGUGAACAAAGCUAUAAUAAAAGCUUCUGCUAUAGUCGAAGCAAACUGGCUAACAUUCUUUUCACCAGAGAACUAGCCCGUCGCUUAGAAGGAACAAAUGUGACUGUCAAUGUGCUGCAUCCUGGUAUUGUGCGGACAAACCUUGGGAGACACAUACACAUUCCACUGCUGGCCAGACCACUUUUUAAUUUGGUAUCAUGGGCGUUUUUCAAAACUCCGCUAGAAGGUGCCCAGACCUCCAUCUACUUAGCCUCUUCACCUGAUGUAGAAGGUGUGUCGGGAAGGUACUUUGGAGAUUGUAAGGAAGAAGAACUCUUGCCCAAAGCAAGGAAUGAGUCAGUAGCAAGGAAACUGUGGGAUAUCAGUGAAGUGAUGGUUGGCAUUUUAAAAUAGGGUAAACAUAAGAGGGCUACUUAAAAGACUAUCCAUUACACCAUUGGCAGAGAAGGGCAUGUGCGCAUGUGCUACUUAAAAACACUUGGUUUUUCAGAGAUACUGCUGAGAGGUAUACAUGAUGUUUGAAGGCCAGUGGAGUUAUGUGGGGCUAAUACAAAGUUCAGCAAAGAUGUGUUAAAUUUAGAUCAUAACCAUAAUGAAGAACUAAGUUCUGUUUUAUUAAACACAAUUGGGUAAUCAUAAAUUAUAAAUGUAAAGAUCCUGGAAAUUUAAAAGAUAUCUUAAGAGGUUUUCAAAAAUCCUUGAGUUUCAAAGCAAAAAUGUUAAGAAUUCUUACGGCAAAUGCUUGUUUUGUGGAAAUAAUAUGCCUAGUAUAUGCACGUAAAUUAAUCUCUUGUAAUAAAUGUAUGAUGCAGA